GAAUUAACGACAUCUCGCGGAUUUCUCUCAACUUUCUAGAUCGAUUUUCUCGUUCCCCCUAGCGGCUACUCUCGGUAACAAAAAUCCGAAUCAGUUGUGUGUUUAUAGCCUGGUGGCUACAGCAGACAGAUGAAAUGAAAACAAGCUGUUUCCCCCCCCCGUACCUUGAUCCAAUAAGUUGUUUCACCACUAGUCGUGAGUUUGUAUCCUCUGGGAAUCAGAAUAUGAAGAGGAGAACACCAACCGAUGGCAAGCGUCGGCCUGUGAAGCGAACUAAAAUUUCGGACAAUUUCUUGGGAAGUACCUUGGUGUACGUAAAGCUGCUACUGUUGUGGCUGGUUGUUCUCGUUGCUGACUACUUUCUUGAGUUCAGGUUUGAGUACCUCUGGCCGUUCUGGCUCCUUGUAAGAUCUAUCUACGAUUCCUUCAAAUAUCAAGGACUUGCGUUCUCAGUAUUCUUCAUCUGUAUUGCUCUGACCAGUGACAUGAUCUGCUUUCUCUUUAUCCCGGUGCACUGGCUCUUCUUCGCCGCUAGUACAUACGUCUGGGUACAGUACGUCUGGCACACAGAGAAAGGUAUCUGUUUGCCAACUGUCUUCUUGUGGCUUCUUUUUGUCUACAUUGAGGCUGCUGUGCGUCUGCGAGACUACAAGCUCAAUAUUGACGUGAAAAAUCUACCGUUCCACCUUGACCUUUGUAGACCAUUCGCUGCACACUGUGGUUCUGUGAAAGAGAACGAGACUUACUUUUCUCUUCUGCGAUCUGCCCUCCCCCCUGGGCCUGCUAGGGAGGACGCUUUCAACCCUCAACCUAGUCCUAAACCAGGUAAACUGUCCUAUAUUACGCUUUCAACCCUCAACCUAGUUCUAAACAAGGUUAAUUGUCCUGUAGGACGCUACCUAGUCUUUAACCAGUUGAACGGGAGUGCUUCCAAAAAUGGCGGCGGUGGGAUAGUUAACGGUGAUGUGGAGCUCUGCUAUAUGGAGCGACGAGAGGAAGAAAUGGAAGAAGCCAAACAUUUGGCCAGAUCAAACUCUAAAUCAAAUGGGGCUGGAGCAAAGGAUGUGACCAAAAAAGUGAGAGAAGAGAAAAAACCUGAAAAUCAUUUCCCCCUGGUGAUCAAGCUGGAGAGCGACGUGAAGAGGUUGAAGUGUGAUCUCCAGUUGUCCAGGAACAGGGAGAACGAGCUUAGGGAGCAGAUCGUCUGCUACAUGAGCAGUGAGAGAAGCUUGAAAUCUGAGAUCUCUAGCCUACUGGUGGAGAAGAGCACCCUGGAGGCCAGGAUCAACUCCUUGAUCUCGAGUAGGGCAGGGGAGAAGCAGACCCUCUCCUCCCUAGAGAAGAAGCUUACGGAGGAGAAGAGGCAGAGAGCAGAGUUCCAGCUAAAGCUAGAGACGGAGAGGAAGAACAAGAAGGAAGCGAAUGCCGAACGUGCUGUUGCAAUGGCGCAGCACAACGUUAACAGCGGAACAAUCGCAAAACUGGAAACUGAAAUCGCGAGACUUAAAGACGAACUCUCGAGGUCUGAGCAGCGAGCUUUGUCAGCUGAAGAGGAGAUCAAGGGUCUGCGUAAGAACACUCACGGAGAUCCUGAGAAGCUGAAGGUUGCGCUGACCCAGGCCCAGGAUCAGCAGUGUCAGCUCGAGAAAACCUUGUCAGCUGAGAGUAAGGUUAAGAUGGAAUUGUUCUCUGCUCUGGGUGCUGCAAAACGUAGGCUUCAAAUGAAUGAAGGUAUGCUGAUGAACAAGGACCGAGAGAUCCUUGAGCUUAAGGGUAAUAUUGCCGAACUCCUGGCGGUCAUGCCCGGCACUCAGUCUCUUCCCUUUAACGGGAUGGGCAGUGGCGGUCAUUCUGCGGCACCUGGUGGGUUUCCAGCAACCACUAGAGCAUCUGCAUCAUCUGGGCUCUUCAUUCCAAACAGUUUGGAUCAUGGUCACAUGACCGGCGAGGCGAGUAUGUCUGAUUUGCCCGCGGGCAUUGAGCUGAGCAAGCUGACCGGUCUAGGACUAGCUGACCUUGAAGACAAGCUGGCUAGUUAUGAGAAGUCCAGUACUUGUGUUACCAGUUCAAUGUACACCCCAACUACGUAUUCUGUCAUGAACGGAAGCCUCAACGAAGCAUAGAAUCCAGAAUUCAGACCAGCCAACUCAAACUAAAUAAAGUACAGAGCCAAAUCCGUAAUUUUAUCCGAAUUGAGGCACCGUCACCUAUGCCAUCAAGAAUCCGGUGUAUCCGGUGAAUCCGGUGUAUCCGAUGUAUCCGGAGUAUCUGGUGUAUCAAAAAUGAAUUAUCGGAAAUAUUACAAUCAUGUGUUGUGUUAAUGUUCAGAAAAGUUGGGGUUGCGGAGUUUUCAAAAAUGUCGCCUUUCCCUGCUCCCUUUAAAUCCCCUUUUCUUAAAGAUCAGUAGAAGGGGGCUUAAAUGGACAAAAUGAAUGUUUUUCCCCGUCUCCUAAAUGUUGUUUUCCCUAAUAGCUUUUAUCCACAAACUUUUAGAGGUAUUGAUAGUUAACUUUAGGAAAUAAACAAUAAAGGUUUGUUCAGAUAAACCUGUUAAGCUGAAAACUGAGUGUUGUAAUCUAUUUUGGUGUCGCUGUGAUUUAAAUUUCCCUUCAAGGAUUCUGAGCCCAAAACAUUGGAAAUAGCUUUCUGGUUUCAUACUCUUUAGAAGAGUAUUUUAUUUAAAUGUUGGUAGUUGAGAUAUUAUUAUAGAACGAACAUAAUUGCAGAUGUUAUAUGGGGUUAUUAUUGAGUUUUAUAAUCUUGCGUGUUUUUCUACGCAUGUGGUUUAUGUUGGCCUAUGUUGUUAGGACUGGUGUUAAAGGGGGUUGUAGGGCUUGCUCUUUUUGUGUUGGAUGGCGUUAGGAAAGGUGUAAUGUUGGGUGUUGUUGUUAGGAAAGGUGUAAUAUUGGGUGUUGUUGUUAGGAUAUGUAUAUUAAGGUUAGGUGGAGUAGGCUAAGAAGUGUUAGGUUGGUAUGGCAAGCUAGACAUGAAAAGGAAUUAGCGAACGCGGAAUAUGGCUGGUUUCUAAAAGUCUAAUAGAUAAGAUGUUUCAUAGUUCCAUGGUUAUCAAACCCCAGGUCAAAAACUUGUAUGAGAUAGUGUUAAUCUACAACACUUGAUCUCGAUGUCAUCUGUGGCAAAGUUUAGAUUUGAAGUUUAAGUGCUUGAUCCCUGUUAAAAUCAUCCCUGUUGGGUUUCGAUCACGGGAUAGAGAAGAGGAAUAAAAAAUAGUUGCGUUUAACAGCAAAAGCUUAGUCCAAAGAUUAACUAAAUAUUAUUUGACCUCUGAUGGAUUUUUGAUCUGUUUGUAUUAGGUUAGCUGUUAAGUUUGUAUAAGUCUGUUACUUAUUUGGACAAUGUUACCCCCCUAAUCCUAAACGUUCUCCUGCACAUACCCCACUCCUUUAGCACCCUUCCUUUUAUUCCCUCUGUCAUUUUACUGGUGGGAAAGGUGACAUUUAUGAUGAAAAUGGGUCAAAAUUAUUUCUAAAAUGACGCGGAGGAUAUGGAGGAUUUGUCUCACUGAAUUAUUAUCUAUUUAUGGACUAAAGAGGGGGAAGGGGGGGGGGAUAUUUAUCUCGGAAUUCUUGUUGUCUUUCAUACCUUCGACCGAUAAGUACUUAAACAGCCUGUUUUAAAAACUUGAAAGAUAUCGCAUUAAAAAUUUAUUUCCCUGCAAACAAUCAGAAAGACGAAGAAUAUUCAGGAUUUCUAAUGUCUUAUGUUGAAUUUUUGUUCUCUUUGUUAAAUGAUACUUGUUUUUAUUUUGUUUUUAUAAGUUAGUGUUUCCUUUAAUUUGAAAAUAUUAAACGGCUAAACGUACACCUGUUCUUUUAACAGGAUUAAGGGAAUACUAAAAUGAUUUUUUUGUGUGGAAAAAUUGAAAUCCUGAAACUGUGAUAUAACCCUGUAUUUGCACAUCACAUGACAUGUCGCGGGUUCUAUUAAUCUCCCUGGAUUAAUAUCAAACCCAAGGCCCCCAAAUCUAUAUACUUAACAGAUUAAUUUAUUAUUAUUUUGUUUUCUAAAUUUAAUGAAGAAAUGAUCUGACAACUAUCCUUUGCUGAUGUUAUUGUAACUAUUUUCAACCAUUUUCAUGUAUAGCAGCAGUAGCAGUUAGCAGCAUUAAUAUCAUUAAUAUCUCUGCGUAAUCUAAUUGCUCAACUGCUAAAACUGCAGCUGUAACAAGAUUUAACCCGUCUGCGCUUCUCAUUUCCUAAUUUAAAAAAUGCCUAAGAUUACCUCGACAUUAAACCAAGAUCCCUGUAAGGAAAUGAUGGAGGUGCGGCGCUGUAAAUCUAUUCCGUGUGUUCUGUAACAUCGUAAACAUUGUAUUGUGGAUAAAUGUUUGAUAAGAAAAAUUUGUUGCUGGUUCUCAGUAUUCGCCAUAUUUGGUUCCUUGUGUCAGCUGAUGGACGUUAGAAAAUGCGCCAAAGGAGAAAAGAAAUAAAUGAUAAUCAGCUAUCGUUAAAUUUCCGCAUAUUCUCGCCUAGCUGUUGCUAUUCUAAAUGUCACCUGUCUCAACAAAACUUGAAUAAAAAAUCAUUACUAUGUA